AUGAGUUCUCAUAACGGCUCAGAGUCACCAGCAUCAGCAGUUGCCUUUGGAACUGAGAUCCGGGGGCAAUGUUUCUCUUUUGCCGAGGGUUACCAUCCUCUCAAUCACGGCUCAUUCGGGGCUUUUCCUAAAGAGCUUCUCAGAGAAAGCAAAGCAGCCUUGGCACCACUCCUAGGAGCAGAGCCCGGCGAAGUUGUUUUUGUACAGAACGCCACCACGGGCGUCAAUACCGUGCUCCGAAACUUGAACUUUAAGCCCGGCGAUACAGUUCUUCACUUCAGCACCACAUAUGGUUCGUGCCUCAAGACUAUUCAGUCGCUGUCAGAAGAAUGUUCAGUCUCAUCACACGCAAUUGGCAUUACUUAUCCAAUCGACGACGACGAAAUCUUGAGGCGAUUCCGAUGCGCAGUGGAAGCGGUCAAGUGUCAAAGACAGACGCCAAAACUCGCCAUUUUCGACACAGUCCUCACGUUUCCAGGAGUCAUGUUUCCGUUUGAGAGACUAGUGGCGACCUGCAAAGAGCUUAAGAUCUUGAGUCUCAUCGACGGAGCUCAUGGCGUUGGCCACAUUGAUCUGAGUCACCUUGGUGGCGUUGUCAAACCUGACUUUUUCAUCAGCAAUUGUUACAAAUGGUUGAUGGUGCCGAGGGGGUGCGCCGCCCUCUAUGUUCCAUACCGGAACCAAGAGAAGAUUACUUCAACGGAGCGAGAUAAUUUGAAGUCGGGAGACUACUUUUCUAAACUGUUUGACAAGAUAUCUACAACAGACAACACACCGUACUAUUGCAUCCCCGUGGCGCUUGGAUUCCGAUCCAGAGUCUGCGGCGGCGAGGCGAAGAUUAGGGAAUACUGCGAAUACAUUGCGCGUCUAGGCGGUGACAGGACGGCAGAGAUACUCGGCACAGAAGUCCUCGGCGCUUCGUCCGCCUCCUUUCGGAGCUGCUGCUUCGUUAAUGUUCGCCUUCCCUUGACUCUGGCGGAACUUGACGCGGACGCGUCAGCGGGACGAGGGGUAGCGAAGUGGAUGCAAGAACUGACGCCAGCCGAGUAUGAGACGUACAUUCCCAUCAAGUUCUAUGCUGGUAGCUUUUGGUGCCGGAUUAGUGGUCAGGUGUACUUGACAUUGAAUGAUUUCGAGUGGGCGGCACAAACUCUGCUCGAUGUCUGUACACGUGCGAAGACUGGGGAAUGGAGAUGGGUAUCCUUUGCAAGACACUUUAACUAGGCGUUUCUCACGAUCUCUAAGCUAGAUUCAUCAACG